AUGAAGAUGCUUCAAGGUGUGAGAGCGUUUCAAAAGUUGAAAAAGUCGUGUGCAUACUCUACUGCUGCAAAAGAACUGAAGCCCUUGCCAGUCAAGGAAACAGUUAAUAUGGCCUAUGAUUUACACUUGCCAGAAAGAUCGGUCAUCGGUAAGAUGCCAUAUCACUCACCGGAACCAAUAGUUUUCAUCCAUGGAUUAUUUGGAUGGAAAAGAUUUUACAGGAACGAUUGUAAAACGUUAGCUACGGCGUUGCAGACACCAGUGUAUGCCGUUGAUAUGAGAAAUCAUGGUGACACAGAACAUGCUAUGCCAUUCGAUUACAACACGCUUAUGGAUGAUCUGGUUUUACUCCUAAGAAAGCUAGACAUCAAAAAGGUGAACCUAAUUGGAUAUUCCAUGGGUGGUAAAAUGAGUAUGUUGACAGCUUUGAACUACCCAGAAUUGGUUAGCUCUGCAUGCAUUAUUGACAACGCACCAAUAAACCAACCUCACAUUAGUCCUUUCUUGAAGGUGUUCUCAAAGUCAUGUCAACACGUUGAAAAUAUGAAAAUCAGGGCAACUGAUAAGGAAUGGAGAUCUAAGGUAGCUGUUGGAUUGAAGAGAUACAUACCAAAUCCAGGUAUUAGGUCAUACCUUUUACAAAAUGUUAGCGGCACUCCACCUAAAAAAUAUAGAUCCCCAGUCAUCGAUUGGAAUGACGGUAAUGUUCACUUUGUCAAUCCCGUUAAUCACUUAUUCCAAUGUGUGGUUAAAGAUGCUUCAGCAUGGCCUGUGGAACAAGUUGCUGGUAAACAAUUUUUGGGUCCAGUGAAUUUCAUUAGAGGCACUAAAUCUGAAUUUGUCAAUGCCGAUGGUGAAAAGGCAAUUGCUGAGUAUUUCCCAUACCAUAAGAUCCAGUCUAUCAAUACUACUCACAACGUCUUGCAUGAAAGACCGCAAGAAUAUCUCAGAAGCGUCAUUGACUUUUUUAAGACAACCAGAUACGUCUUAGAACGUAAGCGUGAUUCCGAACGGGUGACUAUGAUCGCCAAGCCUAAACCGUUAACAUCAUCUCAAAACGCCGCCGAAUAUUCUUGA